GUAGAGUAAUCUCUCCUUAAUCGCCUAAGGAUUUGGACCUUGUCCUCUGAAUGUUCACACAAAUUUUGCUUUAAACUCUGUGUGGUUGCCGAUGUAACUUUAUGCAGUGACUUUAACCAACCAUUCUACAUUGAGAAUCUUAGUUUGUCUCAUAUUGUCUCACAUCUUCCACUUGAUUUUCUUAACAGUAACAGAGAUGCUGGUCAAUGUGCUGAACAUUUGCUCAGAUGAUGAACUUGGAACAGAGGAAGAUGGUUUUGAUGGAGCCACAGCUGCAGCUCGAAAAGAGGUUAUACGGAACAAGAUCCGGGCGAUAGGGAAAAUGGCUCGAGUGUUUUCUGUACUGAGGGAAGAGAGUGAGAGUGUCCUGACACUGAAAGGGUUGACCCCAACAGGAAUGCUGCCCAGCGGGGUGCUCUCUGGAGGAAAACAAACUCUACAAAGCGCUACUGUUGAGGCUAUUGAGGCUGAUGAAGCUAUCAAAGGAUUCUCGCCACAGCAUAAGAUCACAAGCUUUGAAGAAGCCAAAGGCUUGGACCGGAUCAAUGAGAGGAUGCCCCCGCGCAGGGAUGCCAUGCCUUCCGAUGCCAACCUGAACUCCAUCAACAAGGGGAUCUCUUCAGAGACGAACGGCACCGACAGCAAUGGCAGUAACAGCAGCAAUAUCCAGUGACCUAUUUUGACUCGCAGGGAUAUUUUUUUUGUUUUUGAGCAGGGCACCGUGGGACUGCUGCUCAACAGCAGUUGGAUUUUCUUGCCUCUGACAGUAGCUUACCUGCUCUGGGGCCAGAUGUUGGAUUCAGUUUACAAUAUCAUCUAAGAAGAGAUAGUAAACUUUAUUUUGGUGGGGUGGGGGUGGAGGUAGAACACCUCCUUGGACAUGCCUUUAAAAUGCUUGUAGAGAAAUAAACGAAAGCUAUUGUUGGUCUAUAUUGCAAAGUUAGGGGAAUGAACAUGUUUCCCUAUUGCAUUGGAAACCUCUAGAUAUGUUAACUGAAAGGCCUUUUAUUAUUAUGUUACUGGACAUGACAACUUUGUCUGAUUUCUUACUAACUAUUGUACGUUUACAGUUGCAGCACUAUACAUGGACAACAUCCAAACCAUUUUUAACAGAGUGAUGUACAAACUAAAUAAGGAGACUAUUUAUUGAUAAUGUUUUGCUACUCUU